GUACGACAACCGCGACGCCGCCCACCAACACCAACAGCUGACGAGGUAAACAGUGCCGCGUGUGUGUGUGUGGGCGUGCUGAGCGGGCGUGUAUCCGGCCCCUGAAACACUGAAGAGGCGUGUGUCGUGCUGCGAGGCGACCACUGACGGAACACAAGGCAUCAACCAAGUGUGAAUGUUUUCCACUCAGAGGUUACGAGUUUGUUUUAAUGGAGCAAGACUGGCCGCUGGAGUCAAGGAAGGGCUGAGACGACCUCUAUACUCCAAAACUCUUUUCACACCCCAUACUCAUCAAGGUGACGCCCAUCCAUCUUCACAUUUCUGCUCAAGGACAAUGGCAACAGUACGCCACUUGAACCAACAGGAAGCCACCAAUGUUGACUUGGAACUCUUCAAUGAGUACCAGUUCAGUGUGGACCAGCUAAUGGAGCUGGCUGGACUGAGCUGUGCACAUGCCGUUGCUGAGAUCUACAGUCCAGAAGAGAGAAAAAAUGUGUUGGUUUGCUGUGGCCCUGGUAACAAUGGUGGGGACGGACUUGUCUGCUCCAGGCACCUCAAGCUGCUUGGCUUUGCACCGGCCAUUCUGUACCCCAAGCCGACGGACAAGCCGCUCUUCAAUAACCUGGUGAAGCAGUGUCAGAUGUAUGAUGUCCCCUUCGUUGAGACCAUGCCGAGUCUUGAAGCUCUGAACAAGGAGUAUGGCUUGGUAGUAGAUGCCCUGUUUGGCUUCAGCUUCAAGCCACCUGUGCGGCCACUCUUUGCACCCAUCCUGGAGGUUCUUUCCCAGACCACAGUGCCAGUCGUCAGUGUUGACAUACCAUCAGGCUGGCACGUGGAGGAUGGGCCUCCCACAGAUGCCCCAGCCCUUGCCCCCGACAUGUUGGUGUCCCUCACAGCUCCAAAGCUCUGUGCUAAGCAUUUUAAAGGUCGCUAUCACAUCUUGGGGGGUCGUUUUGUGCCUCCUAAACUCGCUGAGAAGUACCAGCUGCAGCUCCCGCCUUACCCUGGCACCAAGCAGGUACUUGUGUUGCCAGCCAGCCAGUGAGUGGGAGACAUGCUGACGGCUAUGACCCUUGGUAAUAUUCAUUGCAUAAAAACAAACAACUGGCAUUCAGAAAUUGUCUACAAUGGCAUGGCAUGGGAAAAGUUGAUUUGCAUAAUGCUAUCCAACCACAACUCAGGCUUCAAAUAUGCUCUAGGCUGAUGUCAAUGAUAAGAGACAGACUACUGAGGG